AUGUACAUGCUGCUCCUCUGCGCUGUAUUGCUACUGUUUUUGCUAGAGCCAGCUGCGGCAGCAAGUCCAAUCAUGGAUCAUUCAAUGUCUGGCUUGUCAUUCGAGCCUUCAUUCUUCCCAGACCCUGAGCACAUUUUGGAUUCGCUAUGCCAACACUGCGCGAUACCGUUCUAUCAUUGCAUGCAUUCCAUGCCACAUGCACCCUAUGUCGCUGCACGAAUGCUCUACGAGCCACAGACCUUCUGUCCUACACUUCCCGACGUUCACCAGAUCGACACGGACUACACGGCCCUUAUCGAUUACGUAGCUCGUGUACGAACUCAAUCACUCAUGAACGAGAAUGUACAAUACAUAAACGCAAAUGAAACGACGAUUCAGCCAGCGACAGUGCAGGCGCAUAUCGAGGAUAUCUACACACCUGGCGACCGCCUGGACAAGACCAGCUCAAGGAAGGCACCGCACAGACGGCAAGCACCUCGCCCUGGGGGAUACUCUUGUAGGCACGAGGGAUGUAUGAAGACCUUUGAUCGCGCCUGCGAGCUGAAUCGCCAUCGUAAGACCCAUCUUGGUAGCUUUGAGCGACCCCACCAAUGUGACAUCUGCAACGAAGGCUUCUUGUACCCAAAGGGCCUCCAUCGCCACCAGAAGAAGCACAUCGAACAUACUGCAGCCAAGAAUACGUUUUACUGCCAGGCCCGUGGAUGCAACAACUUCGAAGGGUUCUCCCGUCGCGACAACCUUCUCCGACACCAGCGCAGACAACACCCGACUAUGGUUGCUGCCACAUGA